UACAGGAUUGAGCGAUAUCAUUUAAGCGGCUUAGUCACGGUUCUGUGUUCGACCCGGUCGAUUUGUCGUUGCGCCCGAUGCGGUGGAGUGUUGCCAGAUUCUAGUGUACAUGUGCCUUUGAUAAGCACCUGGUUGUGGAUAAACUCGCUUAGUGUAACACACGAAAAAGAAGGACUUUACUAAAAUACAUGUAGCGUGCGUGUGCGUGCGUGUGUGAUCUAGACAAGUUUAAGAUUGUGACUGUGUGCGCGCCGGAAAGUUUUAACGGUCUUGGGUUUUGGACCAGCACCAGCAAAGGUUGAACUGCUAGAGGCGCGGACAUACGAAGACCGACUGCACCAGCAUGGACAAGGACCAGCAGAAGCAACCGUUGGUUAUCGAGUACCGGAAAAACUAUGGGACGUCUGCCAGCUCGCAACCGUUCCUGCCCGCGGCAACACAACCGACCGACGCGUCCGAGCAGCAGCUGCCACCUCAGCGGUCCAUCAUCUAUUGCGUGCACGGACAGCUGGCCGAUUCCUGCUGCGAGCUGCCAAACGAGCUCAGCAUCAGAAAGAUUGACUCGCAUUGUCACAAACCACGGCCGGAAGGGAUCGAUAAGAUAGCACGGAAGAAGCUCAUGCUGGCGAGUGUGCUGUGCGUCAUUUUUAUGAUUGCCGAGAUAAUAGGUGGUAUUUACUCGAACAGUCUCGCAAUCGCGACAGAUGCAGCCCAUCUUAUGGCGGACUUGGCCAGCUUUAUGAUAUCCCUGUUUGCGCUAUGGAUAGCGGCAAGGCCGUCGACCAAGCGGUUAUCUUUCGGCUGGUAUCGAGCGGAAGUGAUUGGCGCGUUAGUGUCGGUGCUGAUGAUUUGGGUCGUAACGGCAAUAUUGUUUUACCUGGCAGUGCUGAGAACAAUCAGCAGAGACUUUGAGCUCGAUGGGGAAGUAAUGUUGAUAACAUCCGGCCUGGGAAUAUUGGUAAAUGUGAUCAUGGGCGCAACGCUACACAACCAUGGCCACAGCCAUGCGGGCGGUGGACACCACGAGGAGGAAAACAUCAACGUACGGGCCGCAUUCAUCCAUGUGCUGAGUGAUUUCGUGCAGAGCCUGGGCGUGUUUAUAGCGGCGUUGGUGAUUUAUUUCAAGCCGAGCUGGAACAUCAUUGAUCCGAUCUGCACGUUCGUGUUUUCGCUGCUAGUGCUCGCCACAACGAUUGCCAUCAUGCGAGAUGCAAUUGUGGUUCUUAUGGAGGGCACCCCGAAGUAUCUCGAUUACACCGAAGUUAUGCAAACGUUUCUGCAAAUUGAGGGCGUCGUAAGAGUACACAAUCUGCGCAUUUGGGCUCUCAGUAUCAACAAGAUAGCACUCGCUGCUCAUUUAGCUGUCGAGCCAACCACCAACACGGAGCUUGUGCUGAGGGAAGCCACACAAACGGUACACGCUAAGUACAAAUUUUUCGAAACAACACUGCAGAUAGAAGAGUUUCAACCCGAUAUGGAAGAUUGCAAUCAGUGUUCGAAUCCAAUUUAGCGCGCCAGAGCGCCAGGGAGAGGGCGAAGUGAAUCUCGCCCGCACGCAGCACUGCUGGCAGAAGGACAAACGUUAGCUAUCCGCGUUAAAAUAAAACUAUAAAACUGUCAAAG